AUGAUAGCCCUGCUUCCACUCCUCCUUUCCACGCCAGCUCUAGCAGCCCAGCCCCGGCCUCCAUCCCUCACGCCCCGUUUCGACGAUGGCCUCGCCCUAACCCCCCAAAUGGGCUGGAACACCUACAACCAAUACAACUGCUUCCCGAACGAGAGCAUCGUGCGCGAGAACGCGCAGGCCCUCAUCGACACCGGCCUCGCGGAUCUCGGGUACAAGUAUGUGACCAUCGACUGCGGCUGGGGCGUGGACGAGAGACUGCCCGAUGGCACGCUGACCUGGAAUCCGGAGACCUUCCCAAGCGGGUUCCCGGCCAUUGGGGAGUGGCUGCAUGGGUUGGGUCUCCUGUUUGGGGUCUAUGGGGACUCUGGGAUUUUGCUCUGUGGGAGUCCGCCGAAUAGUACGGGGAAUCUGUACUAUGAGGAUAUCGACGCAAAGACGUUUGCUGAAUGGGGCGCCGACUCACUCAAAUACGACAACUGCUACUCCGACGCCGCAACAAACUACCCAAACGUCAACUACGCCCCCUCCACCUCCCCAGAGCCCCGCUUCGCCAACAUGUCCUCCUACCUCCAAACCCUCGACCGCCCAAUCCUCUUCCAAGUCUGCGAAUGGGGCAUCGAUUUCCCCGCCCUCUGGGCCCCAGCAAUCGGACACUCCUGGCGCAUCGGCAACGACAUAACACCGCACUGGCGCUCCAUCUUCCGCACGCUCAACCAAGCCGUGCCGCAAACGGACUUCGCGGGCCCAGGCCAGUGGCCCGAUCUCGAUAUGCUCCUUGUCGGACUGGACGGCGUGCUGACCGUCCCCGAGGAACAGACGCAUUUUAGCAUGUGGGGGAUCCUGAAGAGCCCGUUGACGAUUGGGGCGAAGAUUCCUGGGAUGAGGGGGAGUUCGCUUGAGACCCUGCGGAAUGAGGAUGUUAUUGGGUUUAAUCAGGAUGGGAUGGGGGUUAGUGCGGCUCUCAAAAGGAGGUAUACGGAUGAGGGGUAUGAGGUUUGGAGUGGGCCGUUGGAGGGGGGACGGGUUGUUGCGGCGGUUGUGAAUUGGAGGGGGGAGCGCCGGGAGAUUACGCUUGAUUUGCCGGAUGUUGGGGUGCAGUUUGCCGGGGGGUUGAAGAAUGUUUGGAGGGGGGAGAGUGUGGAGGGGGUGAAGACGAGCUAUACGGCUGUUGUUGAGGCGCAUGGGGUGUUGCUUGUUGAGCUUGGGGAGACGGUUGAUGCUGGGGUGUAUCCUGGGGAUAUCUUUGCUACUACGACUGGCGAUACAACGACAUUCUCCAAUAUCUACGGCAUAACCUCAAGCACUAACUACACCCUCAACAUCACCCUCUCCGAACCAGCUACACGAUCAACAAACAUAUCCAUCACGACAAGCAGCAGCAAAAGAUCCAUCCCCGUCUCCCUCCCCGCAGGCUCCCUCUCAAUCUCAACACGUAUCAGCCUAACCGCCACCUCCAACAACACCAUAACAAUCCACAACGCCCCACCCAUCACCUCCAUAACCCUAACCCCCCCAUCCCCAACCUACUACACCGGCACCUCAUCCUUCACCCUCACCUCCCCGGCAAAAGCCUACACCUGCCCCUCCCUCUGCACCCCGGCGGGGUCAAAGAUAAUCGACCUCAGCACAUCCAGCUCCGCAACAGCAACGAUAACCUCCUCAAGCUCGGGAUCCAAGUACCUCGAAAUCGACUACAUAAACAACGAAGUCGCGUUCGACACAGCGUGGAACUGGGGGUCUAAUUCGCGGAAUCUCACGAUCAGAGUUAAUGGGGGUGAGCCGGUGAGACUGGAGGUCCCGCUUUCCGGUCGCCAUAGUGAGCUCUUUUCGGAGGGACUGGGGUGGUGGGAUUCUGGGAGGCUUGGGGUGCUUACGGGGGGUUGGAAGGAGGGUGUUAAUGAGGUUGUGCUUGGGAAUGAGGUGCUGGGCGGGUCGAGUUCUUGGGCGCCGGAUGUGGUGGGCGUUGCGGUUUUUGAUUAG